AUGGAUCCUCUUGGCGGGCACGACAAGCCGACGGGCCAUGCAGCGCCGCCAUCAUAUGACAAUGCAAACACGACUGUGCAUCCAGCGAUUGAUAUCUCCGCGUCUUUCGCCAACUUGAGCCUCGCUUCAGGGCCACACGACCCUACCCCAGACUCCUGUUUGGCACAUCUCAAGCUCCUAUACGCAUUCCAAGUCCUCAAAGAGGACAUAGGAUAUACUGACGGGCUUUGGGGGCUCUGGGAUACUCGUACCCAAGGGAAACGCGACAUCCUGCGCCACCAUGAGACUGACAAAGCGCCCAAAGCAGGCAAGGGUGCAAAUGAUCACAAUGCACAACAAGAGGCUUUGAGCCAGGUGAGAGAAAAGAGAUGGGCUGUUUUCGUGGCCCGCGCAGUCGAUCGUUACGAAAGCUGGUGGAAAUCCAUGAACGAUGAAAACCCGUUGCAAGAACAAGACAUGGAAAACGACGGCUCCCUUGCCUAUGAUGAGUUUCCCAGCACUGGGGGCAAUGGAAACUUCUGGUUCAACGGGCAGCUGCCACCCCUUGAUGUACUUAUGGUUUGGCACUCACACAUGCUCAACCCGAGAGCAUAUCUUGAAGAUUGUAUGCGGGCAGGGCUCAGGCAACUUUGGUGGCAUGGAAUGCCCUGGGCACUCAUCAACAAGGCCAUCGACUCCAGCUUCGUCUACAGCGUCUCCGACGAUGUCAAGGCUGCGUGGGUCGCAAAUACAGAUCGUUCCUGGGACAAUACCGAAGACAAGACACAAAAGGCUGUCAAUUGCCCCAUCUGCACCAACCGACUCAUUGUAGCUUGGACCACCUGUGGCGCAGAUGAGCAAGCGGACGAAGCCACCAUCCCUAGUCUGGUAGGCUCCGGGUACUGUGACGGCGAGUUCCAAUAUGCCUGCCAUGGCUGUGGAACUAAUUUAACCAAAGAACUGCUCAGUCUCGGUAAAUUUGACACUGACAUGAAGAAAUUGCUGAGAAAAGGCAUCCCGAUGCCAGGCACAAUACUUGAGCCUCAAUCUGGGAAACCCAAGUCGUAUAAAAGCCGAUCGACAGAAUAUGCGUUUGAAAAACUUCAGGAUCCCCUACGCCUUCCAAACCGACUCAUCCAGCAGGUUCUGUCCUUUCAGCUGCAUGAUCUGAGAACCCAAUCUCAACAGCCAGGCUUCCAACCUCCAACAAUGGAAAAUAUCAGACGAACAAUUGAAGACACGCUUACAGACUCCCGAAAGUUAGACCAACUAGUCGCAAGAGUACCAAGCAACCAUAGAAUUAGCAGAGCAGCGCUCCCACCAGUAGCGGGAAUAGUGAUCCGCAAAAUGAUGAGCCGGUACUGGGACAACUUUUCGGCAUUUGCACUAGAUCUGUGCGGUGCUGUGAUGCGGCAGGGCGUCUUCGUUGAGAAGAUGUACCAUUUGGAUUGGCUACACUCUCCUGUUGCCCCUCAGACAAUGGCCCGAAUCUGUGCAAAGUACAAGAGGUUUCUGGCAAUCAUGGAGGAUAAUCCUACUCAUCUAUGCGUACCAACUCUCGAUGUUGAUCUGGCCUGGCAUACACACCAGCUCUCUCCAUCAGCAUAUUAUACAGCCGUAACCUCUGCCAAGGAAGACGCCAGAUUCAUUGACCAUGAUGAUAAGAUCAGCGAUGACAAACUGGGUCAAGCUUUCGAGUGGACCAGCAAAACCUACCAGCAGAUGUACCAAGAGGUGUAUUCUGAAUGUACCUGCUGGUAUUGUGAGACGAUCCGAUCAUCACAUAUCUCUUCCUUCGGCAAAGCGCUAGGUCUCUCCAUGAAUGACACAAUCGCUAAUCGAUUUCAUGAGUCGGGGGUCGCCCAGCAAUGUCCUCCAAACAACUCGGCGCACAUCUCCGCACACAACGCCGUCUCCUUUAAGCUCACUGACCCAGGCAACCCGCAGAUGAUCAUUUCUAAGAGUGUUAGCGAAACGGCCCGCAGCGCGUACCAGCGUCGCCUCGAGGACAAGUAUCAAAAGGCGUGCAAGCGGGCAGGCAAGAAGGGGCGUACACUGCCUCCCAGGGACGAAUAUUACAGCCACUGGGGAUAUCCAUACUUCAUGUAUGGCCCAUAUGUAUACCCUCCGUACUACACGCCGGGAUUGUAUCCUGGCUACGACCCCCAUUCCGUUCCAUGUGAAGGCUCUGGCUGCCCGGGAGCUUGCGCAUCAGGUACUUGUGGCGGAGGCAUUGCUUCAGGAGCCUGUGGUAGUCCUGGAGGCUGCGGGAGCUCUACCGGCGGGUGUAGCAGCGGCGGCGGUGGAGGCAGUAGCGGAGGUUGCGGCGGAGGAAGUGGUAUGUGA